GCGCGCUGGUCACGCGGAGCGGUGUUGACACUUCCGGGUGGGACCGAAGUGCGGCGGUGGGUCAGGGGGCUGGUAGCCAUGGCGUACAACGGCCUCACGGUGCCUCUGAUCGUGAUGAGCGUGUUCUGGAGCUUCGUCGGCCUCCUGGUCCCCUGGUUCAUACCCAAGGGUCCCAACCGGGGAGUUAUCAUCACCAUGUUGGUGACCUGUUCAGUUUGCUGCUAUCUCUUUUGGCUGAUCGCAAUUCUGGCCCAACUCAACCCUCUCUUCGGACCGCAGUUGAAAAAUGAAACCAUCUGGUAUCUCAAGCAUCACUGGCCUUGAGGAGGAAGACCCGCAGUCCAGCGCUCCGCCACCAAGGUCACGAAGAGAAUUCCUCUAGAUGCAAAGCCACCUCCACGCCCAGACUCGCCUGUUUGGGUCAGCAGCUGCCUUAAACAUUCGCACCACAGUUGAAUACCUUAUUCUACAGUGCAGUAUUUUUUUCCUGUACCUUUUUUACACUUUGAUGAAUUAUGUGCCUCCUUAAUCUCAACUGUGCUGACGACAUAAAAUGUGUAUACACUCUUCUGAGAUAGAAGGUGCUUGUCUUCUGCGAAGCACGCCCUCUCUCCUGGGAACCUGUGGAUUUGAAGAUGGCUCCCGCCCACUCACAACGUGGGAGUCCGCGACCUGUCUUAAAAACUCACGAGACAAUAAGCCUCCAGUGCAGCGGCCAGUAGGAGAGCAUACUCAAGGGGAGCUCUGUCCCCACAGAAUCACACCAAAGUAUAUUUUCAGGAUGAAUUUCUUCUGCCAUCUUUUGGAAUAAAUUAUUUUCCUGCUUUCUA